GAAUUUUGCCCUGGACAGCUGUCAGCGAAAACAAAUGUCCAAGGCGACGUGGAAGUAGCGCGAUUUUUUAGGCUUCUCGGUGCGAAUCGGCUGCGGAAAUGUCGAAAACGCGCCAAGACAAGCGGGGCCUGUUCGCCCGAGUGAACUUCCCGCUCUACUGCGUCGAAAUGCUGGACAGUCGGCACGUCCUGGUGGCCGGCGGCGGCGGGGCGGCCAACACUGGCGUCAAAAACGGAUUCGAGAUUUUCGAGAUUUCGCACGACGGCGACAAGUUCGUGGGCGAGGAGGCGAUGCGGCACGAGACGGGCGGAAGCGUCGUCAUGAACUGCGCGUGUCACACGGACGGCAGGAAGUACUUCGUCGUGUCCGGACAAGAAAGCCACUGCCAGCUUUACAACGUCAACAUUAGCGUGACCGACGAAGCCGAGGAAACCAGCAACAAAGGCCAAGUCAAAGAAGAGUCGAACAAAGAGGGUGUCCGGAAGAGGAGGGGAAGUUCAAAAGGGCAGCAAAACGGCAAACCGCAGAGGAUAGACUCGAACAGCAACGCCUUCAAACGGCUCCAGUUCAAGAUCGGCCCCGGCGACAGCAUCCAAACAGACUUCAACAACGACGAGCCUCUGCAGAGGGUGGUUAGGAUAAGCAAAAGCGGGCAGCUGAUGGCGACCGGCGGCUUGGACGGACACGUCAGGAUUUGGAAAUUCCCCGCCAUGAAGUUGAUCCAUGACAUCGCAGCUCAUUCAAAAGAAAUCGACGACCUAGACUUUAGCCCAGAUGAAAAGUUGAUCGUAAGCAUAGCCAAGGACGGGGCAGGACACAUUUGGGACUGUACGAAGGCGGCCAAAGUGCAGUCCUUGAAUUGGGAAACGCCAGAAAAGCUCAAGUUCAUGUUUAAAAGAUGCCGAUUCGGCAUCGUGGAGGGCAACAAAUCGCGAUCUCGGCUGUUCGUGUUGGCCAACCCUGCCCGGAGGUCCAAGCAGAACUCGUACGUGCAGUUCUGGAACCCGCAGGAGGGCUCGCUGGUGACCGCGUGGCCGUCCGCGGAGAGCCUGUCGGCGCUGGCCGUGUCGGACGACGGCCGCUUCGUGGCCGCCGGCACCAUGUUCACGGGCAGCGUGCACGUGCUGAUCGCGUUCAGCCUGCAGAGGGUGCUGCACGUGCCCGCGGCCCACGCCAUGUUCGUCACGGGCCUGGCCUUCCUGCCGACGACGGCCGACGGGCCCUUCGAGACGGCCGUCGUCAGCAUCUCGGUCGACAACCAGGUGUGCGUGCACAGCGUCCGCGAGCGCCGCACCAUGCCCUCGUGGCUCGCCGUCCUCCUCAUCGUCCUUGUCCUCUUCUUGACUUUCGUCCUGUGCAGUGCCCUUGGACUUUGAAUCUUUCGCAGUCUCAAAAUUUUAUUUUUUUCCAAAUAGUUAUUGUUGAGUUUUUUUAUAUAUCGGGUAGGUAAAAAAAUAAAAAAUGAUAUAAUUUUUUUGCUAAUCUAAAGGUCCACGCUGGCAAAUUUUUCACUUUUUACUUACAAAGUGUAAAAAUCUAGGUUGAAAUCGCUAUUUGAAGAACAAAAUGAGUAAUUUUUUUAUUUCUGAAUAUGAAAGAUGACCAAUUUUGGUGAUCAACAUUAAAAUGAAAUGUAAAAAAUUUCCACCCGGAGGCUCCGAAACAGGAAUUAAAUUUCUUCCAGCCAAACUGAUUAAAACUUUAAAUGAAAUUAGUCCCAAUUGAGGAAAAAUUGCAAGAAAAUACAAACAGCCAAUGCUCUGAUGUAAAAAUUUCUGGAGAGUUUGCCUGGUGUGGGUCUUUAACCUCAAGUUUGCUUCUGCUAGUCCCAAGAAUAAAACUACUUCGACAUUCCCCAAAAUUGCAAAGCCCUGCCUGCCUUGAUUAAAUUAUAUUAUGUUAAAUAAACACAACGUUAAAUUUAAUUUGUCAA